UGUAUCCCAUUCACUAAUGGAUUGAGUUAAAAAUUGUAUUUUGGUUUUCCAUUAACUAUUAAGAACUCGAGUGUAUUAUUUACCCAUUAACGAACAAUAAACAUAUUUAAUUGAGUAUCAGAAGCAGCUGGAAAUAAGGCGUUAUGAAGAGUUUUCCAAACAUUUGUAUCUAUUUCAUUUGCUUUGUGUACCUUUCACGUUCUCUACGAACGGAUGGUGAUUUGUUACAGCAACCUGGUUGUGUAAAAAAAUAUUUAAAACAAUUAAUACAAAUCAAUCGAAAUUAUACGGAUUCUCUUGAGGCCUGUAAUGAUGAAGACAACAUUGAUCGCCGACCACCACUAGAUAUUGAUCCCGAGGCAGAAAUAGAGAAACAUAAACAGACGUCACAGGAAACAUGUUCGGAUUUGACAGCUUGUAAUCUCAUUACAGAUGCCCAUGAAUUUUUCCAUUGUCAUUCAAAAACCGCCGCCACAAAUACGAAUAAAUUUGUUAUAAUGCAUUUGAAUGCCUCAUCCAUGAUCAUUGAGUUAAAUGAUCAAUAUGAUCCAGAAGAAAAGGAAAUUUUACGUUGCCAGUUGGCUGCUAAACGUAAAUAUAUUUUCGAAACUUAUUCGGCCUACAAUGAUCAUCUGAAAUGUUUGAGUGCCACUAAAGGAAAAUGUAAUAAUGACAGUACAAUAUCUCAAUAAAUCAU